UCGAGAAGUGCAGAGCGUUUCAGUUGAUCGUCGGGCCAGUUCAAAUUCCACGUUUCCCUAUCUUUAUCAGGUUCAACUGGCGAAGAGGAUUUUAUUAUUCAGACGAAGAAUAUCCGCUUUGUUGUUAACUUGAAACUGUUGAUACGGUUCCGCCGCACGGACCUAACCUAACGAUUUGCUCGUGACGUCUCGCAUUCCUAAUAAAUCAAGAUAAUGAAUCAGCAGUGUAGCUGUGGUGAUGCACACGAUGCUAUGGAAUUGGGCGUCAAAUACAGUUUGCACGAAAAGAUAGACAAAGACAAAGUGGAAUGCUUGAACGAAAAUGUGGAAGGCACUGGCGUAAAAGUCUUCAAGACAUGGGAAAAUAGGUUGAACACAGAGGAGUGCGUGGAGAGUGAUACAGAUCCUGAGCUUCUCUUCAACAUACCCUUCACAGCAAACGUGAAACUGAAGGGCCUUAUUGUGAUUGCAGACCCCGAAUAUUUUCCCACAAGAGUAAAACUGUUUAAAAACCGACCGAACAUGAUAUUCGACGAUGUGCGGCUCGAGGCAGAUCAGGAAUUUCAGCUAAUUAGAGACUCGCAAGGAAUCCACGAGUAUCCCGUGAGGACUGUCAAGUUCUCGUCGGUGGAACAUUUAAGUCUAUACUUCAGUAGUCAUUCGGACACGGACUUUAUCAAGAUCUACUACAUUGGUCUCAGAGGCGAGUGGACCGCAAGUCACAAGCACGGCGUGACCCUCUGUGUGUACGAGGCGCGACCGUUGAUCUACGAGUAUAGCAAAGAUCAGUACGCAAUCACCAGAGUGAUUAAAUGAUACUUCUAUUGAGAUCCAAGUCUUAAUUUCAUCGCGGUUCUCUUAAGCCCGGUCUUGCAGGUGGAAAAAAAUCUCGUGAAGACGCCGAGGAUGUGCGUUCGCACGUGAUAACACUGUGAUUUAUCGUGUACAUUAUCAGACUUAUACCUGUAACAUGUCCUAAAACUAAUAAAAAAAAAGAUCUUAUAAU